AUGGACAAUGAAACAAAAAAGAUUCUGACCAUUCACACAAUAGACAAGAGGAUGACAGACAGGAAAUCCCCAAAUAUGGAGAAGGCAGGAUUCGAAGCUGCACUGAAUGAACUUUUGGAAGAAAACAUUCAAGUGAAAGAAGUUGUGACGGAUGCACAUUUGGGAAUUGGUUCAAUUAUGAAGAAACAGUACUCAGAUAUACACCACUCGCAUGACAUAUGGCAUGCAGCAAAAAAUCUCGGAAACAAGAUUUUGAAAGUGGCACAGAAGAAAGGGAACAACAUCUUGUUGGACUGGUCAAAGGACAUCGUUAACCACUUUUGGUUCUCAUGCCGCCAAGCUAAGACAUAUGAGGAAUUUGUAGGUAUUUGGCGAAGUGUGUUACACCACAUUACUAACACACACGAGUGGAUUUUUUCCCAUGGAGGUGUGAUCCAGUGCAUGCAUGGAGAGCUAACAGAAGAAGAAAGGACAAAAGCCUGGCUCUCACCUACACAGCAUGCUAAUGUCCUGAAGGAUUUAGCAGCUGUUGUGCUUGACAAAAGACUCCUAAAUAACGUGGGGUACUUUUUGAAUUUUAGGUAAAGUAUGUCUGUAUGUAAAGGAUUGUUUUUUUAAAUUGUUUUUCACUUGAUAUUUAGAUGAUUUAAUAUCAGAACUGAGAUAAUGUUUGUACUCCAUACAUGAUUUUCAGGAGUACAGCUGAUUUGGAAGGAUUCCACCAGCAUAUUCUUAUGUACUGUUCAAAGCGCUUCGCUUAUACACCACCAGUUUAUAGGGCCAGAAACAGACUUGCAGCUCUGGACCAUAACAUGAAUGUGGACAGGCCAGUACAGAAGAACAAAGAUGGGAAAAUAAGGUGUUUUACCUUUAUC